AGAACAUUCUAGCAACAGCUAUUUUUGCCGGUUCUAGAAAGUUCACAAUGGCUUUAAAUACAAGCGCACGUUACACUAACGAUCAGAUAUCAUACUCUAAACUAGCAGACAAGCAACUACUAGCGAACAUCGAGAGAUAUACAACAAGUCUACCUAAUCAUCGAAGAAAAUAUUGUUACCGACCUACUACAUCAACAUUACAACGAGAUGCCUGCAAAAGCUAUUGGUAUCGACCUGGGGACAACUUACUCGUGUGUUGGAGUAUUUCAACACGGCAAAGUAGAAAUCAUCGCCAACGACCAAGGUAACAGAACAACACCUAGUUAUGUUGCCUUUACUGACACUGAGAGACUUAUCGGCGAUGCAGCCAAGGGACAGGUUGCCAUGAAUCCGAAAAACUCGGUCUUCGAUGCCAAGCGUCUUAUCGGACGGAGAUUUGACGACACAUCUGUGCAGUCAGACAUGAAGCUAUGGCCUUUCCAAGUUUACAACGACAGUGGGAAACCCAAAGUGAGAGCCGAGUUCAAAGGCGAAAUCAAAUCAUUUACACCUGAAGAAAUCAGCUCUAUGGUCCUGACAAAGAUGAGAGAGACAGCCGAAGCGUAUCUGGGGCAAACGGUCAAAGAUGCUGUCAUUACUGUACCUGCUUACUUCAACGACUCCCAGAGACAAGCAACCAAAGAUGCUGGCUUUAUUGCCGGUCUCAACGUUCUACGAAUCAUCAAUGAACCCACAGCAGCUGCUUUGGCAUACGGACUGGAUAAGAAGUCACAGGGAGAGAAAAAUGUACUAAUUUUUGACUUGGGUGGUGGUACAUUUGACGUCUCUAUCCUGACUAUUGAAGAUGGCAUAUUUGAAGUGAAAUCAACUGCUGGUGAUACUCAUCUUGGUGGGGAAGAUUUCGAUAGUAGACUGGUGAACCACCUGGUUCAAGAAUUUAAAAGAAAGCACAAGAAAGACAUCACAGGAAAUGCACGUUCAUUAAGAAGACUGAGAACUGCAGCAGAGAGAGCUAAAAGAACCUUAUCCAACAGUACACAAGCAUCCAUUGAGAUAGAUUCACUGUUUGAAGGUAUUGACUUUUAUACUAGUAUCACACGUGCUAGAUUUGAAGAGCUUUGCUCUGAUCUAUUUCGUGCAACGUUACAACCAGUGGAGAAAGCAUUGCUUGAUGCCAAACUUGCCAAAAAUCAAAUCGAUGAGAUCGUAUUAGUUGGUGGAUCUACAAGAAUUCCAAAAGUGCAACAGUUGCUGCAGAACUUUUUCAAUGGGAAAACACUGAACAAAUCUAUCAAUCCUGAUGAAGCUGUAGCAUAUGGUGCUGCAGUACAAGCUGCAAUCUUAUCUGGUGACCAAUCUGAUGAAGUGAAAGAUGUACUAUUGGUUGAUGUUGCUCCGUUAUCCCUUGGUAUUGAAACUGCUGGUGGCGUGAUGACUAACCUGAUUGAUCGCAACACCCGCAUCCCAUCAAAAAUGUCAAAAACAUUUACAACAUAUGCAGACAACCAACCAGCUGUUACCAUUCAGGUCUUUGAAGGAGAACGUGCAAUGACAAAAGACAAUAAUCGUCUGGGAUUAUUCGAGUUAUCUGGGAUCCCACCAGCUCCACGUGGUGUUCCCAAGGUUGAAGUGACAUUUGAUAUUGAUGCAAAUGGCAUUUUGAACGUUACUGCCAAAGAUGAGAGUACAGGAAAGAGUAACCAGAUCACCAUAAAAAAUGAAAGAGGUCGCUUAAGUAAAGAAGAUAUUGACAAAAUGGUAGCAGAUGCAGAGAAAUAUAAAGCGGAAGACGAUGAACAACGAGAAAGAAUCAGCGCCAGAAACUCUUUGGAAAGUUAUGCCUUCAAUGUAAAAGCUGCUGUGGAAAAUCCAAAUGUGGAGGGUAAAUUGAAUGCACAAGAUAAGGACACAGUUCUUGGUAAAGUGAAAGAAGUGAUGAACUGGGCAGACAGUAAUUCACUGGCUACCAAAGAAGAGCUGCAAUACAAACUUGAAGAACUUCAAAAAUUAUGUUCACCUAUCAUGUCAAAAUUACAUGCAGGUCAAAGUGGAAAUGCUGGUGCCUCCGGACAAGGUCCAACUGUUGAAGAGGUUGACUAAAUGUGAAAACGCAAAGACUGAACGAAAUGAUGAUUUGGUUUGUACUGUAUCAAUUUUAGAUUUCAUAGACACAACAUUAUGUUUAAUGCAUAAUUUUAAUGUGUUAACUUUCUGUAUGUGCUAUGUAGCCAACAGCACUAGUUUUAGAUAUAUAACUUUAUUACAAUUAUUAAGUGUUGUGUAUUUACAAAAUUUUUACAAGAAAUUAUUCAUUGUAUAUAAAUGUUUAAUGAAUAUUAAUAAAUGUUAUGCAUA